CAGAAACACCGCUGAUAAUCUAACACACGUGAAUGUUGUGAAGUGGAAUAAGGAAUAAACUUCUGUGAAUUGAUCACAGGAAAUGAGCACCAAAAAGGGAAAUAACACGAAAAAGGGCCAGAGACAUCAAAACACGAAAGCUUUCAAGAACAAUCUUCAUGAUACAAGCAAAAAGACAAAGCAAAUCAAUAGUUUGAAAGUUGGUGGAGUUUGCGUAAGAUGUCGUGAGAUCAUUGAGUGGAGAAAGAAAUACAAAAAAUACAAGCCUCUUACAGCGCCAAAGAAAUGUGUGAGGUGUGAGCUGAAGACAAUAAAACAUGCUUAUCACACAGUUUGUUCUAAAUGUGCACAACAAACAGGGGUGUGUGAGAAGUGUGGGGAGGUGCGAGAAAUAGCAGCAAAGUCUGAACCAACACCAGCAGAAAGAGCCUCAAAGGACAGUAUGUUACAACAAGAAAUAAAAUCUAUGACAGAAAGACAAAGAAGGACUUACUUCAGACAUAAUGAAGAAGGAGACAGAGAAGACACAAAACAAGUUGCUUGUGCUAGUAAUACAUCAGAUCUAUCCUCCAAUGAAGAUGAUGAUGCAGAAAUGUCAGAACCCCAUGAUGAGGAUGAUGAGCUGCUGGCUUCUUGACAUUUGACACAACUACACUGAGUACCUGUAACUGAGAAGCUCCAACUUAGACAUGCAGGGAGUGUUCUAGGGCUUAACAGUAACUGAUUCAUGUUGCCAUGGAGUUGCUCAAAUUCAUCACAGUGUGUGCCAAGCAUUAACAGCCAUGUCUUGGUUGUGGUGAUAUUGGUCAGUGGGAAAUUAUGAAUGUAAAUUAAUAAAGAAAAAUCAGUUGCAAAGUCA